AUGUUGGGAAUAAAACCCGAUAUUUACGCGUUUAAUAUUGUGAUAAAUUGUUACUGUUGUUUAAAUAGACUAGACAUAGGUUUAUCCGUGCUUGGUAACGCGUUGAAACUUGGGUACCUGCCGGAUUGUGUUACUUUUAAUAUUUUGAUUAGAGGACUUUGUGACGAGGGGUUACUUGGUCGCGCACGCCAAGUGUUUGAUGAAAUGUUUUUAGUUGGUUUGGAACCGGACAUUGUUAGUUAUGGGACUUUGGUUAAUGGGUUGUGUAAAAUGGGGAAUUUUAAUGAUGCGAUAACGUUGAUUCAGAAGAUUGAUGGUUCUUGUGGGGUUGUCGUGUAUAGUACAAUUGUAGACGCUCUUUGUAAAAACAGGCAAGUUGGUCGUGCUUGGAGUCUUUUUUGGGAAAUGAUUGAGAAAGGUGUUGUGCCAAAUUUGGUUAUUUAUAUAUGCUUGAUGCAGGGGCUGUGUAGGUUUGAGUUACGGGAAGAAGCUAUACAAUUGUUGAAUGAUAUGUUAGUUCGGAACGUGUUAAUAGAUUUGCAGUCGUUUAACGUGUUAGUAAGUACAUUGUGUAAACAAGGUUUGGUGAAUGAAUCACAGUAUUUUCUUGAUUUCACGGUUGAAAGAGGGAUGAUGCCGGAUGCUGCUAGUUACAAUGCUUUGAUAAAUGGAUACUGUUUGAUUCAUAGAUUAGAUGAUGCUAAGAGUUUAUUUGAUGUCAUGAGUUGUGCUCGUGACGUUGUUAGCUAUAAUGUUAUGAUCAAUGGGUACUGUAAGAAUAAAGAGAUAAACGAAGCAUUGGGACUGUUUAAGGAUAUGUCUCGACAAAAUAUUAAUCCUAAUGUUGUUACUUACACUACUAUUAUCCGGGGUCUAUGUCUUGCUGAAAAACUAGAGGAUGCACUUGUCGUUUUUUAUAAAAUGCAAGAUUGUGGUCUGGCUGCUAAUGUUGUUACUUACAGUACUUUGAUCGAUACUUUAUGCAAGAACGGAAGACUUAGUGAGGCUUUAGCUUUGUUUAAGAUGAUGGAUGAUGCAAAGGUGACUCCCGAUGUCUUUACUUAUACUAGCAUCAUUGACGGGCUGUGCAAAGCUGAGGAAAUUGACGCUGCAUAUGGUCUGUUUCUAGAGCUUUCUGCCGGAGGAUUACAACCGAAUGUAUGUACAUAUACUGCAAUGAUUGGUGGUUUUUGUAGGAACAGAAAGUUAAAUGAAGCAAAAAAGUUGUUUUUGAAAAUGAAGGAAGAUGGUUGCCCACCAAAUGUUCAUACGUACACUAUCAUGAUCAAUGGUUAUUGCAGACACGGGGAACUGAAUAAAGCAAACGAGUUGCUAUUGAAGAUGCAAGAAAGUGGUUGCUUAGCGGAUGGUUGUACAUAUAAUACCAUUACCCAGGGAUGUCUUCUGCACAAUGAGAUGUCAGAGGCAAAUCAAUAUCUUAAAGAUUUGAGGAACAAUGGGUUCUCUGUAGAUGCAUAUACAAAAGCCUUAUUGCUAAGAUUUCAGACUUGUGGACAAUUAGGGCAUUCAUCUCCGGAGGUCGCUCAAUCUUUUGUUCAAGAUCAAUAUCAUGGAGUAUCGGAUAAAUGCUAUGAUGUGUAA